CGCCCGGUAGGUGUCGCCUGCGUCAACUGCCCUUCCGCUUCUCGCGAGUUUGAUCACAGGAAGACAACACAUAAGUUCAGCUUGUUUAUCAAGAAGGUUCCUUCAUCAACCUGAGAAAUGACGAGCGUGCCGAGAAAAAGCUGGCAUUUUGUCGUCGUUGUCCUGAUUGUCUGUUUGACAGGUUCAGUGAAGGCAUAUAACUGUUACCAGUGUAAUUCAACUCUGGACAACAACUGCCAAGAAAAGUGGGAUAACUCACUGAGCACAAACAGUGAGAAAUACAAACCCUGCAGCCUUUGGGAUACCAAAUACUGCAUCAAAGUCACAGGAUUAUGGGGAGGGGUUGUAGGCACUCAUCGCUUCUGUAGUUCCCGGGAUAUGGGUGACCAGUGCCAAGACAUCUGGUUCCCUGACCACGACCGCAUGUACCGUGCUUGUGUUUAUACCUGUUCCAGUGAAGGAUGUAACUCAGCAUCAGGAUUAUCUGCCUUUCCUGCAAUUCUUGGUGCCGCUAUUUGGUUGGCUUUGCAUGUCCUGAGAAAGUUUUGAUUAGUGAGUGCCUUUGAUAUAGGAAUAGACAUGCAUGUUCGAAUACAGAUUGUGGAUGGAAGAAAGAAGGCAGGGAAAAACUAGAAUAGAAUGUUUUUGACUUUUACAAUAUUUUGUGUGCAUGGAUGUGAGCAUGUAUCUACACAUGUAUAUUUGGUGUGUUUGAGAGAGAGAGAAAUUGCUUAUAUUGUUGCAUGUUAAGCCAUUUAUGAACGUUUGUUUAGACUGGUAAAGAAGUGUAAUUUGUUUUUCGUUUGUAAAUUUGUGUUGUAAUCAUAAUGACACUUUGACAGCCUGCUAAAUUUAGCUGUUUGGGAAAAAUGAAAAUAUAGUUUGCCUUGGCUUAAAAAACACAAAGUAGUGAUUGAAUUCAUAAACAUUUUAGAAAAAUAACAGUUAAUAUGAAAAUAGGCCAAAUGUGUAAAGCCAUGCAAGUCUUUUUCUUUUUUUAAAGUGCUAUGUGUAUAUAUAGAUCUGGUUUUUAGUAUAUUUGAAUGUCUUAUAUCAGACAGUUCCUUGUUAUUUUCAUGCUGGCUUUACAUUAUGACAGUGUUGUAAAUACAGUAUGGGAUACCAGCUGAAUUUAUUGUGUUUAAAAUAUCAUUUUUGCUUUCAUGCUAACAAGUCGGAUCCUUAGCACAAUGCCAAGGUGGCUUCCACUUGUGCAUAUAGAUAAACACAGAUUCAUCUUUUAAAGAGCAUCAACAAUUUAGCAGCUCUUUAGAUAAAGGUCAUAAUUUUGAUUAUAAUUAUGUUCUAUUUCUUUAACAGAGAAUGAAUGAUAGAUGUUUUGAAACGAUUCUCAGAUAAUUGUCAAUGCAAGUUCUAAAACAAAUCUUAUUCAUUGGCAUUUGAUGCAAAUCCAUGUAUUUUUAUACGCAGCUCAUGCAAGUACUUUAAGGGUGUGAAUGAAUAGUGCCUUGCCAUGUGACCACGUGAGUGUGAGAGAAAAAAGAUGUUGUUCAUUUGACAUAUCCCACAACUUGAAAAAUUUCUUCUCAUGCAGUUAUUCCAGUUUAUGAAAUGUAUAUAUAAAGUGUAAAUAAUGUACAGUUUUGUCUAAACCAUUUUCAUUUUAGCCUUGGUAAAUCAUAUUAUACAUUAUUCUACAUACCAUAGAGAGUCUGCUGAAAUUUAAUACGUAUAUUUUUAUCACCAAAGCGAUGUCUAUGGUGUUUAAGUAAUGCUGCAACAUAAACUAAAUCCCUAAAUCAUGUGCUGUCAUUGUGAAUUCAUGAUUAGCACUUAAAGUAUGACACUAAGGUUGAGGUUGUAUGCCAUACAUUUUUUUAUAUAUAUUAUUAUCGCCUGUUAACUAGCCUGUACACUAGCUCAUUUCCAGUUUAUGUCAGAUUUGUGCAGAAUGUAUAAAAUUUUAAUUCUUUUUGAAAAAGAAAAUUGGACAAAAGUUUUUGGGUUUUUUUUAUUUAGCACUUGCAGUGGAAGAGAGUGCACAAGAUUGGUCUUUUCAAUUAUCUACCUCUUAACUCCCUUUUGCCACAUCCAAAGUCUAACAGCAUGUAAUUAUAAGUAAUGUAACUUUUGUUCUUAAACAUAUGCAGUAUGGGUUGCUCUGUAACUUGAAUGUAAGGUAUGUGAGCGCUCGCUCUGUCAUAGAUAUAAAGAGAAUAAGAGAAUUUUGGUUUCUGUUAUGCUUGAACACUGACCAUGAUAAAGUUUAAUUUUUAAUGCGUAAUAUAGAGUGACCCCUUAUAAAUUAAUACAAGCAUUACUUUAAUAUCCAUGGUAACAAGAGGGUUUAGUUUUUAUAAACACCAUAUAUGAAUAAGGAUUUCUAGUUAACAUUUUUAAAAGUAAUUCAUAAAAGAACUGUUAGACAUGUAAUUAGGCAAGUUUAGAAAGUAUGAAAACGAAAUAGAUGUCUAAUUGAAUUAUUUUAGAGGUGCAAGGGAACAUUUUAUUGUAAAGGUAGAAAAAGACAAAAGCUUAAGUUUUAUAACGGUGUAGCAUGGUUGUCUCCCUUGAGAUGUCAGGCCAAUUGAAGUGUGUUUUGGAAAGGGUAGGUUCGAAGUGACGGACUCCAAUGAGUCAACUACUUAAUGAUUUUGAUUGUUGGCACAAUUUUCCUUUUGCUGACAGAUCAGCCAGUUUGACUUGGAUCAAAAUCUUAAAGUCUGUGUGUGCAUGUAUGGUGCAAUUGUCACCAUAGUUGUGACAGUGAAAAUAAAGUUCUUAAAACUGUUCACAAGGUGAAGUGAACAUCACCUUUUCCUUAAUCUUUGGAAAGUAGUUUUCCAUUAUUAUGUCUUUUCCCUGGUCUAUGCAUGCUUUUUUAUGAACUUAAUCUCCAUGUUCAAAUUAGUGAACUUGUGACUAUCAAUACACAGUUUAAGUGAAGCAUUUAAUUGGUCAAAUGUAUUCAUACUCAAAUUUUAUUGUUACAUGUUUUUUUUAUUAGCAUUACACAGGAAAUAAUUUGAUCUGAAUAGAUUGAGGCUAUGGGUAUUGACUUGACAAAUGUAGUUUUAGCAAAUUUAUGGGUUAUUUUUUAAAACUGUUGAGGUGGUUCAGAUUGAUUUGGCAUGAAUGAAGCUUCUUAAAAUGUUUACCACUCUCAGAGCAUUUGUACGUAGAUACAAGUCAUAUUUUGAAAAGCUCUAUUUUGACUCUAGCUGAUCAUGUACCUUUCAAAUGGUUAUUUCAUUUUUGUGACAGACUCAAAUUUCAGUAAUAAAAAGCAAAAAAAA